AUGGUCGGAGUGCCUCGUAGCAGUGGCUGCCGCCGCUGCGUAAAGCGCAGGGUCAAGUGUGAUGAAAGAAUACCUGGAUGUGCCAAGUGUGAGACAUAUGGCCAACCUUGCCCUGGAUACGAUAAAGGGUUUAAGUUCAUCGCAGGAAAGCCCUAUCGAAGUAAGCGGAAACAGCCGGCCCUGCGUGAGGAGGCUACUUCUGGGCGGCAACAGUCCAGCUCCGCAUCCUCCAAUACAUCUUCAUCAUCACCCAACCUCGGAAGUGAUUCCUCAGGUUCUGGACUCAUCCUCUUUUCAAAUGAGGAGCCUUCGGAUUUGGUCUCUGCAGAUCUGAACAUAUUGCAGAGUAUCAAUACUCUCAUUGACGAUUUCGCCCUGCCGGCCCCGGCUACUCAGAGCAAUCGUGUUUCCCAUUGGUUUAGUCUCCUGCCAUCCGUCUAUGGAUAUAAUCAGACAUUGGACGCUACUAUCAAAUCCUUUGUUGCACACCAUUUUGGAAAAUCCCUCCAGAAUAAAGAAAUGAUUGUCUAUGCUCGCUAUUCCUACGGGGAGGCAUUGUCUCGAUUACGCAAAGCUCUGACGAAUCCUUCCGAAUGUCUUUCAACCCACAUAUUUUGUGCGGUAGUACUGCUUUGCACCUAUGAGCUUUUCACCGACACUGAGAACCCAAAGUCUUGGAUGCAACAUGCGAAAGGGCUCGGCCAACUGAUCAAGGCUAGAGGUCCCGAUCGUUAUCGAAACGAUAUUGAUAUCACUUUACUAAAGAAUUCCCGAGGGCUAGUCGUCAUGCACUCAAUGUUCUCCGGGGAAGAUUGCUUCUUAGCCUCGGAAGAAUGGCAUCAGAUGAUGCGACAGCAAUAUACACCAGGAAUACCAACACAUCUACACGACAUCAUUGAGGAAUUUUUUGCUUUCUUCACAUAUACCCCCAGCAUUGUCCAUAGGCUCUAUCAUCUGAAAGAGAUGGACGUGUCAACCCCACAAGCCCUACAGGUCAUUUCAGCUGCCCUAGAAGAAACCCUGACACUACAAAGCAGAACCGAUGCCUGGUACGAGCAGUACACUAAAAUCGCUCCCCCUCCCACCGAGGCUCUAUCUGGGAGAAAUGAUCCCUUGUUCCCCGUCAUCUUAACUUACUCCGACAUGAUCUAUGCUACUAUAUACUGCGGGUAUUACUCUUGCAUGGUGAUCGUCCACGAGACUCUGAGAACCUUCUCCUAUCCAGGUCCCCACGAAGCCAUGAAUGGGGUUUUCACUACGGGUGGCGAUUGA